UUAAACAAACCAAACCUGUCUCAUUCCAGAUAUAAAUAAGUGCACCACUUGGACCAGAUGUCACAACCUCAGCAUCUUUUUCUUCAGUCAGUGGGAGAUUGGUUCGAGAAAGCUAAAAAUGCUGGAUCUGUCUAAGAAAGAGCUAAUUUUUCGAGUAUGGAACUCUUAUGGUGUUAUCAUUGCUGCACUGGUUUCUGUAGGAAUAACUUUGUUUGUCUCGAAAGUUUGGAGAAAAGUCUUUACUGAGAAAGGUGGCAUCCCUGGCCGGCUGGGGCUGCCUUUUCUGGGUGAAACCAUUUCUUUUCUUUCAGCCACUAACAGCACCAGAGGAUGCUAUGAUUUUGUUAGACUCCGACGACAGAGGUAUGGGAAGUGGUUCAAGACAAGGAUAUUUGGGAAGAUCCAUGUGUAUGUUCCAAGUACUGAGGGAGCAAAAACGAUAUUUACUAGUGAUUUUGUGCAGUUCAAGAGGGGGUUUGUGAAAUCAAUGGCAGAUGCAGUAGGAGAAAAGAGCCUGCUAUGUGUGCCAUUUGAGAGCCACAAAAGGAUGAGGCGUCUUCUAGCCGAUCCUUUCUCCAUGAAUUCUAUGUCCAAGUUUGUCAAGAAAUUUGACAAAAUGCUGUGUGAAAGGCUGAAGAACUUAGAAGCUCAGAAAAGUUUUGUGGUGCUUGACUUCACCAUGAAGUUGACAUUCGAUGCAAUGUGCAACAUGCUAAUGAGUAUUACAGAGGAUUCAUUGCUGCGAGAUAUGGAGAGAGACUGCACCUCUGUCUCCAACGCCAUGUUAUCCUUUCCUACGAUGAUACCUGGCACCCCAUACUACAAAGGCAUCAAGGCACGUAAAAGGCUCAUGGAAAUCUUUAGAGAGCUAAUUAAAAGGCGACGGAGUGGGAGUGAGUCUUCUGAAGACUUCCUGCAGUCAAUGUUACACAGAGAUUCAUACCCUCCCAAUGAAAAGCUGGACGAUCAAGAAAUCAUGGACAACCUCUUGUCUUUGCUGCUUGGAGGGCAGAGGAGCACUGCAGCUGCAAUGAUGUGGGCUGUCAAGUUUCUGGAUGAGAACAGAGCAGUGCAGGACAGGCUCAGGGAAGAACAAUUGUCAAUAUCUAGAAAUAGGCCUGAAGGAGCCUUACUCAGUCUUGAAGAUCUCAACAGCAUUUCCUAUGGCUCAAAGGUUGUCAAAGAAACAUUAAGAAUGUCAAAUGUCUUGUUGUGGUUUCCUCGUGUGGCACUUGAUGAUUGCACAAUAGAAGGUUUUGAGAUAAAGAAAGGAUGGCAUGUGAACAUUGAUGCAACUUGUAUACACACUGACCCAGAUCUGUUCAAGGAUCCCAUGCAAUUCAAUCCUUCUAGAUUUGAUGAAACGCAAAAACCAUACAGUUUUGUACCUUUUGGAUCAGGACCAACAACCUGCAUAGGAAUGAACAUGGCAAAGGUGACAAUGUUGGUCUUUCUACACAGGUUGACAAGUGGAUACAAGUGGACUGUUGAUGAUCAAGAUACAUGCCUAGAAAAGAAAUCACCUAUUCCUAGACUGAGAAGUGGGUGUCCAAUAACUUUGGAGCCCUUGAGGGGUAUUGGGAAUCAAGCAUAGAUGUGUUCCAUGUUGGACCUAGCAUGCUUGGAAAACGCAAAGGAUGUUGGAACAAUCCUAAAUAAGCUUGUUAUAGGCUAUUGUAAAUAUGUUCAUUAUGACUGGAUCACCAUGGCGGAACCAGCUA